CCCCCAGGUCCCCUUUUCACACGCCGAAUCUCAUGGAACCCCUCACAACAUCUCUCCUCAACCGAAACAUCAAUCCACCCCUUUCUCCCAAGACACCUAAAAUCCAAAAUGGCAACCACCGACGCAACCACUCCAGCGCCCUGGUACGCGGCCUAUCCCGCACCCAAAUCCGACGUCGUCACCAUCUCGCGGGAGGAAGUGCUCGAGCUUCUGAAGACGACGCCGCUCGAAAAGCGGGAUUUCGUGCUGAUCGAUCUGCGGCGGAAUGAUUUUGAGGGCGGCACCAUCCGCGGCUCGCUCAACCUCCCCGCGCAGAGUCUCCCCCUGACCCUCCCCACCAUCUACGCCACCUUCAAAGCAGCCAACCUGCGCAAGGUCAUCUUCUACUGCGGCUCCUCCAAAGGCCGCGGCAGCCGCGCGGCAGGCUGGCUGGCCGACCACAUCGCGGCGGCGGGCGACAGCGACAUGAAGAGCCUCGCGCUGGCGGGCGGGAUCAAGGGGUGGGCGGGCGCGGGCGGGGAGUUUGUCGAGUGGAUGGACGGGUAUGAGGCUGCGGUGUGGGUGGGGGGUGGGGAGGGUUGUUGAUUGGGUACCUACCUAGGUACCUAAGGUAAGGGAGGUAGUUAUGGCUGUAUUUUGUGGUGUGGUAGCCCUGGAUGGGGAGUUGGGGGUUGCAGGAUGGCUGGUUGGCUACCUACCUAGCCAGGGUAGGUAGGUAGGUAGUUUGUUGAUGUUACACGCUCAUUAUUCGGUCGGUGGUGGGUGCUGGUGUGAGGGGUGGCUUGUUGC